AUGGGGAACGAGGCGGAAACCAUCAGGUCUCCUGUUGACCCUGAGCGCCAGGACCUGCCUAGUCACCUCCCAGGAUCCAAAGGCCACGAGCAGGAUCCGAUUGCGCCACCUGCGUUUUCGACUGGCUCGGGCGGUAUCGUCGAAAAGGAAGAGGCCGAAUUGAUCAACUUCAAGACACUACACUGGCUACAAGGAGGGAUCGUUCUCGUCGCUGAGACGGUCUCCCUAGGAAUUCUCUCACUCCCAUCUGUUCUGGCCACCCUCGGACUUGUCCCUGGAGUCAUUCUGAUCUGCGUCAUCAGCGCUCUGGCUACCUACUCUGGUCUCCUACUCGCCGACUUCCGGAAAGAGUAUCCCUUCGUCCAGCACUUUGGCGAUGCGGUUGAGCUGAUCGGUAGACCCAUUGGUAUGGGUGGCAUUUUUCGAGAGGUCUUUGGAUGGGCUCAGACUAUUUUGCAAGUUUUCCUCAUGGGAGGCCACAUUCUCAUGUGGACCAUUUGCAUGAACACCCUCACGAACAGUACAACAUGUACCGUUGUCUGGGCUGCAGUCGGAAUGUUGGUUUUCUGGGUCUUUAACGUCCCCAGGACCUUGAAGUGGACGAGUUGGAUGUCAGCAACGUCUUGCGUGUCUAUUGUGGUGGCUGUUCUCAUCACUGUGAUUGACGUCGCCAUCGAGAAGCCCAUUGGCAGUGGGUCAAUUGACGUCUUCAAAUCUCUCGGCUUUUCUCCUGCUUUUCUGGCUGUAACCAACAUCGCCGGCGCAUUCUCAAGCCAUUCCAUCUUCUUCAGUGUCAUUGCCGAAUUCAAGAACCCCGAUGACUGGCCCAAAGCACUGGCUUUCCUUCAGAUCACAGAUACAACCCUCUACAUUAUUGCUGCCGUCAUCAUCUACGUUUACGUGGGCCCCGAUGUUCCCUCUCCCGCGUUGUCUGCAGCAGGCAGCGCAACCAUCAGAAAAGCGAUUUGGGGUGUUGCGAUUCCCACAAUCGCCAUUGCCGCCGUCAUUUACGCUCACGUCGCAUCGCAGUACGUCUUUACGCGUAUCUUUGGCAAUACCAAGCACGUCGUGAGAAGAACAAGAGUGUCAACCAUUUCAUGGCUUCUCAUUACGCUGUGUAUCUGGGGCAUUGGCAUGGUGAUUUCCGAGUCCAUCCCCGUCUUCAACGAUUUGCUGGGUCUCGUUUCUGCUGCCUUUGCAAGUUGGUUUUCGUUUGGACUACCAGGAAUUUUCUGGCUUUGGAUGCAUAAAGGCAAUUGGUUCUCAACCUGGCAACAGAAGUGUCGGUUUGCGGGAUCCUCACUGCUUUUGCUGGUGGGAAUCCUGCUUUGUGUACUUGGAUUGUGGGUCUCAAUUGAUUCAAUCGCCAAAGGGGGAUCUGCUGCAAAGCCUUGGACAUGCGCCAGCAAUGCUGCAGCGUGA